UCAUAGUUUUGUUUUCAACACAGCUGUGAGGAAAUAAAACGUAAACCGAUCGCUCACUUGGCUGCAGAAAGGGCCAAAAGUGGUUUCGUCUUCGAUAGUUAUUGAAUAAUAUAAGGAGAUUGUAGUGAUAUACUAAAAUAACGUUAGGUCUAUCAUAGUUUUAAAAAAAUCAUGGCAUCAAAAGUUACUUUCAAAAUCACGUUAACUUCGGACCCAAAGCUGCCAUUCAAAGUACUGAGCGUUCCGGAAACGACACCUUUCACAGCUGUCCUCAAAUUCGCAGCGGAGGAAUUCAAGGUGCCACCGGCAACAAGUGCAAUCAUUACCGACGAUGGCAUCGGUAUUAAUCCACAGCAGACCGCCGGAAAUGUAUUUCUCAAGCAUGGAUCUGAAUUGCGAAUCAUUCCCCGGGAUCGAGUUGGAUCGAUGUGCUAGUCUAGACUCUUAAUGUUAAACCCUUUGUCCCUUGAAUAGUGUGCAAUGCAUUUUCGAAUCGGUACAUUUCGCUUACAUUCAGAAAUAUCAAUAAUUGGCUAGAGACGUUUAGUGGGAAAUUUGGUUAAGUUUGUUGCUUUUGAAUAUUUUACACAAUUUUCUGUAUGUUCUUUUCAGGUAGAUUUUCUUUAAUAUUCAACUAAAACAGUAUAAAACAAUUUGUUGGAAUAUAAAAACAUGCAAAGUUUCA